UCCGUCAGGCGGAUGACGUCUGCGCCUCUCAAGCCCCGAUGCGGCGUGACGUCACAGGGCUGGAGCGGAGCACUCUAGCGGGAUCUUGUUGACGCUCCGCCCGCCAGUGAGGAGAAGAUCCCCGUCCAGCGAGGAGGAGGACUACGACGGCGAACGAGGAAGUGGAACACACAGACACACUCACAAACAAAAACGACAACAAAAAAAAGCCAGUGGAGUUUCACCAUGCAUGUGUCCAACCACCGGAGGAUCAGCGUCAUUUAAAAAGAUAAACAACAGGGCUUGGGAGUGUUACAAGAAGCCGGCCAGCAGACAGGAACAAAAACACGGCGCCUCAGACAUGGCCAGCACCCAGACCAGCUUGAAAACCUCCUUCAAAGACUUGACCUCAUUCAAGGGAAGCAUGAAGCGUCUGUGCAGGGAGCGUCUGGAGGACGCGCCCAUCAAGAAGCGAGUGAUGGCCGAGAUCAACCUGAAGCGCCGCGGCCUGGAUUCCUUCCACAAGACGGCCAAAGUGAAGCGGGAGUACAUCGAGGAGCCGCAUCACGACGCCGACCCGGGGGCCGACCUGCACGGAGCAUCCUCUGCUAAAGCCCUGGAUCUGAGCCCGGGGCUCAAACACACGUUGGCCCAGUUCACUCUGAGCAGCCAGAGCUCCCUGGGGGGCCCGGCCGCCUUUUCAGCGCGCAGCAGCCACGAGCAUUCCCACGCUGGCAUGCCCCCUCUGCCCUCGCCCCCCGUCCUGGGGGGAGGCCCUCUGCUCGUCCCCUGCGACAGCUCCGCCGAGCUCACCCACUCGCUCUUGGAGGGCGAGUCCAUCUCCUGCUUCGUGGUGGGGGGCGAGAAGCGCCUCUGCCUGCCCCAGGUGCUCAACUCGGUGCUGCGCGACUUCUCCCUGCAGCAGAUCAACACCGUGUGCGACGAGCUCUACGUGUACUGCUCGCGCUGCGACGCCGAGCAGCUGCAUAUUCUCAAGGUGCUCGGUAUCCUGCCCUUUAACGCGCCGUCCUGCGGCCUCAUCACGCUGACGGACGCACAGCGGCUGUGUAACGCUCUCCUGCGGCCCGGGGCGGCGCUGCCCGCCGACCUCAGCGUCAAGCUGUCGGCGCAGGGCCUGCUGAAGGAGACGGAGGCCGGCUUCCAGGUGGAGCACCAGUGCCUAGGGAAGUGCCAGGGCCUCUUUGUGCCCCAGUUCUACACCCAGCCCGAGGCGCCCUGCAUCCAGUGCGUGGAGUGCCACUUGCUCUUUUCCCCGCAGAAGUUUGUCAUGCACUCGCACAAGUCGCCCGACAAGAGGACCUGCCAUUGGGGCUUCGACUCGGCCAAGUGGCCCUGCUACCUGCAGCUCGCCAGGAAAUACCAGGGCUCGCCCGAGGAGGCCAAGAUCAAGCAGCUGCUGGACGAGGUCAAAGAGAAGUUCCACUACCAGCUCAAGAGGUCGCUCGACAAAAAAGAGGCCGAGGACGACGAAGAGAGCCAGGCGCACAGACCCUCCGCAGACCUCUGCUCCCCAGGCAGCAAGUUGGCUGAGGCGGAGCUCACGAGAAAGGAGAAAGCAUCUCCCCCGACUGUGGUGUAUAAAGGCCUUUUCUCGGACAUCAAGGAGGAGCCAGGACACCCCACCCUGGUUCACCCCAGCUACUACCUGUACACGUACGAUAAGAUGGUGGCUCCCAACGUGUCAGUGGGGCGGGAGACAGAGCUGAGCCCCGAGAUGCUGGGCUCGCUGCUCAAACAGCACUACGGGCGCCGGGGGCUGCACCCCGAUGAACCCCCCAUGGAUCUUCACGCGUCGCCUCCCCUCACCGCUGCCAAGGAGGCCAAAUCCCAACAUGCCACCGCCGCCUCGGCCGGCGAACAAGAAUGCCAAGCCCAGGCAGUUUCCAUGGAGACCGGCAGCCUGAGCGGCAAGAUAGCCGCUCACGCCCCCACUCCUCCUCCUCCCCCUCCCACGUCGCCGCCGGUAACGGGGGAGGACACGGGCUGCGGCGGAAGCGCGGCGGUGGAGGACGACAAGGACAGGAUCGUGGUGGAGAUCAUGCAGAUGUACAGCAGGCAGCAGGAGAAGCUCAACUCCACCCUGCACAAGCAGCUGCAGCUGGAAAUGGAGCUGGAGGCCCUGCGUGGCGGCGAGGCGGUGAGGCUACGCGAGCUCAGCGCCGAGCAGCGAGAACUCCGCACCGAGCUGGAGGCGGUGCACAGCGAGCAGGCGCGCCAGCUCGGUCGGGCGCGCCAGGAGCAGCUGGAGCUGGAGGCGCGUCUGGAGCAACUGCGGCAGCAGGCGUGCGCCUGCGAGCCGGCUUUCCAGCGCCAGCAGGAGGCGCACUACGCCGCACAGCUGUCGGAGCUGCGUCAGAGGCUGGAGCGGGCCGAGGCCGACCGGCAGGAGCUGCAGGCGGAGCUGCGGCGGGAGCGGCAGGCGCGGCAAGACCUGGAGCGCACCAUCGGCCAGCUCAAGCAGCAGAUGGUCCAGUCCGGCAGCCCCUCCCCUCCUCUCACCCCUUCCACCGGACCCCCGAACGCCCACUCCCCGGCCUCCUCCUCCUCGUCCUCCGCCUCCCCCUCCUCCUUCCCGGAGGCCCCGGCGGCGGGCCCAAAGUAACUGACCCUCCUUCCUCUCCUCCACCUUGAGGCAUAAAGAGAGGUUUGCUUUUAUUUGUUUUUUUCUUCUUGUGCUCCUCACCUCAUAUUAUUAUUAUUAUUAUUAUUAUCAUCCUCUCAACAAACAGUAUUUGAAGAUAUUUUGUUCAGCAUGAUUUUAAUUUAUAUCUUUUAAUGGGCACAACCACCGCUGAGAACCAGCUCACUUCUUCUUCGUACGCGGCACACAGAGUCAAGGACCUUUACUCUUUCUAUAAAAAAAAAAAAUAUAUAUAUAUAUAUAUAUAUAAAACUGCCUCAUGUGAAUAAGCCAACGGUGAAACAGGCAUUACUCCUCAAGGUCGCCAGCGAGACUCGACGCCCACCCUCGUCAACAAUGAGGCCCCUUCCCACUUUUAGGCCAGACAAGAAACACUGUGCUCCACUUCAUCACUGCGCCCCUAACCCUUCCACCAGCCACCUCCCCCGCUCGUCAUCCCACGCGAGGGUCAUCGAGGAACGACCUGACAACGGUUUAGUUUGAGAUGUUUUCGGGUUCCCCCAGACUUUCCCCCCGUAUUCUCCUCGGUUUGACCGACGGCACAAGCAAAGAGGGGGCACCGGCGGGCACAUGUCAAACCUUUUUAUUGUGUGCCAUCAGAAUCGAGGCAGCUUUUGGUGUGGAACUGCACAUGAGCGCCCCCUCCCUCCCCCUCCCCCUCCCCAAACUGUCACGGCACGUCCCAGUUUAGCAUGUUGUCCAUCCAGCUACAGAAAGACUUUUUAUUCAUGUUGCCAGGCGGGAAAGUGCUUUUUAUUGCCUCGAAAGAUACCUAUAUGCCCGUGUGUGUGUGUGUGUGUGUGUGCGCGUGUGUGUGUAAAUAAUGGUUGAAAUGAAACACGUUGAGGCUUUUAAACUUUAUAUGCAUCUCUUGGGGGGAACAUGCAAAUGAAUAAGACAUUCCACUGUGCUCCAUCUCUCCUUCAAAAACGCCUAUUUUUUUUUUUUUUUUGAAGAAGUCAUCCAAGGCGCCAAGACGUGUUCCACGGACAACAACAAAAAAAGAGAGAAACCUUUAAUAAUAAUAUCGAUGAUGAAAGAAGAAAAUAAGUGAAGAUUUAUAUUGACUCUUGUUGUAAAUAGACUAGGAAUCAUUAAUAUAUGAAGUGUAAUCUUUGUGAAGGUUGCAUCAACUGGACCAGACACACAAAAAGGCUUUAAAGUCGGGCCUUUUUCUUUGCCGACUUGUGGACGUGAUGUAGGACAGCAUCACACUUUUAACCCCCCCCCCAGCCCCUUUUAUGAGACUCUUUCACACAAACAUCAUGCAGUCAGCAGAAAUGCCAUUUUUUCUUUGCAAUGAAAAGGAAAACUGAAUUUUUUUAGUUGAUUUUUUUUUGCAUGUUUUGCUGCCCCCCCAUGUUUGUGCCAGAGAAGAAACAACCCCCCCCCCCCCGCAUGAAACAUUGCAAGUGUUCUAUCUUUAUUGGAUGGAGAAAAGGUGACGAGGAUGAGAGCAGCGUGUGUUUUCGUCACUCUCAGUAUUUUGUAUCGUCUUAACGCAGCAAAACAAUAUCACUUUUCUAUAUCCCCCCGCCCCCCACACUGCAAUGUGCAUUUCACACACAAGGGGCCGCUGUUUACGUUAAAAGCGGCACCCCAUGAAGGGAUCCUGUGUAGGGCAUUUUUCUUUUUUUUUUUUUGCUUUUUAUUUUGCAGUGUAAAGACAACUUGGAUAUGCUCUGUACAGAAUUUUUACAGUCGUGCGGUUUCUCUCCCCCUCCUCGCUCAGAAAGGACGUAUCCACCGCUUUUGCAAGCGUGCCUUGUCCUUCUCCGCAGCAAUCGGUACAUUUGUCAGUUCCUUUUCCACUCUCCUUGUGAGGAAACUUUCCAGUGCGUCUAAAUCAGGGGUGUCCAAACUUUUUCCACAGAGGGCCUCACACGGAAAAAUUUAAGCAUGCGGGGGCCAUUUUGAUAUUUUUCAUUUUCAAACCAUUACAAUGGUAAUCCUUAGAGGGGUCUGAAUCACUAAAAUGUUAAAAAUAAGUCAAAUUAUUAUUAUUAUUUAUUAUUUAAUGCUUACAGUAAAUCUGUAUAUCAACUUGAGGUUGAUAUAAAGUAAAACAAAUAAGGUUUUAUGCCUUUUCUGUCAAAGACAACUUUGUUUUUAUAGUAAAACUGAAAUAUGCAGUAUUUAGAUAAGAGAUAGUACUUUAUUGAUUCCUUCAGGAGAGUUCCUUUAUUUAGCAAUUAAAGCCCUCAAAGAUCAAUAAUGCAGGACACCAUUGAUUUUAAUUUUUUUAAUAUUUUUGAGUAAUCACAGUGAAAAGUUAAAUAAAAUGCUACUAAAAAUAUUUGAGAUCCGAAAGGUUCCCCACUCAUAAAGUGAUGCAUUUUUAUUAGUUUUUUUUUUUUUUUUUUACUUUUAACACUUAAAUUUCAAGAUCAACUUCCGAUAUAUCUGUCGAUUUUAAGUUUGAACUAUUAUUUUGUUUGUUUUAUGCUCUUUUGGCAAAACGUUGAUGUUUUUAUAUGGCAACCACACAACAUAUGCAAUAUUUUUUCCACAUAAAACAUUUUAAAGUGAACAUUUUUAAGUAGGCCCUGCGAUGAGGUGGCAACUUGUCCAGGGUGUACCCCGCCUUCCGCCCGAUUGUAGCUGAGAUAGGCGCCAGCGCCCCCCACGACCCCGAAAGGGAAUAAGCGGUAGAAAAUGGAUGGAUGGAUUUUUAAGUAAUGUAGCUGAGAUCAUUUAUCAUAACAUAGAUUUUUUUUAUCCUUUUUUUUUUGAGCAAUGGAAAAAAAAAGAAAAUAUAGACAAAUUGAAAAAAAAAAACUACCUGCAUGGCAGCUUUGUGUCAACAUUGCCAUCCAUCCAUCCAUUUUACUACCGCUUAUUCCCUUUCGGGGUCGCGGGGGGCGCUGGCGCCUAUCUCAGCUACAAUCGGGCGGAAGGCGGGGUACACCCUGGACAAGUCGCCACCUCAUCGCAGGGCCGUCAACAUUGCCACUUUUUCCUUAUUAGAUUUCACAUCAUUCCAGUUUUUUAAAAUGUUUUUUUUUAUUUUUGCAAUACUAUCAAUUUUGCAAUUCUUGCAGAAUGUGUGGCGGGCUGGUAAACGAUUAGCUGCGGGCCGCAAAUGGCCCUUGGGCCGCACUUUGGACACCCCUGGUCUAAAUACAAAGACGUUGCAUCCUCCCCUCCCUCCCUCCCUCCCUCCCUCCCUCCCUCCCAAAUGCUGAAACAUGAAGCUGCAGUGUCUGUGCAGACGACCAUUGCCAAUAACAUGUGACGAGACUUUUGUUCUUUGCAUGAAACGAGACACUGAUCUCCUACCUCAUGUUGUGAUAUAUAUAUAUAUAAAUAUAUAAAAUAUGUAUAAGAGAAUAUGUUUUUUUAAAGGCAGAGGACACUGCUAACUGUCGAUGAUGAAUAUUUACCAGUACGUUGACAUACCUGUAAAUGCUUUCCGGCUAAUACCUCAGUCGUAUGUAGUGGUUUGUUUUAUUUUCUGUCCCUUUUUUCCUCGAUUCAUUUCAGAUCUUGUAAAUAGAGAAGCUGUAUAGACGACCAACUUGGAUGAAAUUCAAGUAAAGUUCUGUAGUGUUAAA